UGGCGCAUGCGCAGCGCGUCCUCAGCCGUGCUGGGUACCGGCAUUAAAGCUUCGGUCUCAAGGUAUGCGGAUUCCCAGGAGAAUGACUGGGGUCGGUGCAAGUUGGCCGUGACUGCCGAUCAUACAUACCGUCAGCUGCGUCCCAUCCGGUCUCAUUGCCAGGUGCUGAAAUUACACCAGAGGGCCACCGUGUCUGACUGUAGAGUUAAACGCUUCCCAUAAAAAUAAUCCAGUUUGAAUUAGAGAUUUAGCUCAAUUAUAGAGCAUAUUCCUUGCGUGUAGGAGGCUCUGGAUUUGAUACCCAUCUCAUUCUGUUUCAAGAGCAAGAUCACCAAGCCGGUAUUCUUCGUGGUUGUGAACGAAUUAUUUAGCCAGAUCGAGCCUCAAUUUUCCCAUCUGGAAAGUGGAACUGAUUGUUCGUAUCUACUGGGCUGUUCAUGAGCUAGGUGGUGUGGCCAUAGGAAGGAGAACAUGGCGGAAGAAGAGGACUAUAUGUCGGAUUCCUUCAUUAACGUUCAAGAAGACGUCAGACCCGGCGUGCCCAUGCUGAGGCAGAUCCGAGAAGCCCGGCGAAAAGAAGAAAAGCAACAGCAAGCGAAUCUGAAAAAUAGGCAGAAGAGCCUGAAAGAGGAAGAACGGGAAAGGCGUGACAUUGGGCUGAAGAAUGCGCUGGGCUGCGAAAACAAAGGGUUCGCUUUGCUCCAAAAGAUGGGGUACAAGAGUGGGCAGGCUCUGGGCAAGACCGGAGAUGGUAUUGUUGAACCAAUUCCCCUCAAUGUCAAAACAGGCAAAAGUGGCAUAGGUCACGAGUCGUUACUAAAGCGGAAAGCAGAGGAGAGGCUGGAGAGCUACAGGAGGAAGAUUCACAUGAAAAACCAGAGUGAAGAAAAGGCGGCCGAGGAGUUUCGGAUGCGACUGAAAAGUAAGCAGGACGAACUGAGGCUCGAAGGAGACCUGAGAAGAAGCCAGCGAGCCUGCCAGCAGCUGGAUGCCCAGAAGAAUAUUCAGGUUCCCAGGGAGGCGUGGUACUGGAUGAGGCCUGAAGAGGAGACUGAGGAAGAGGAAGAGGAAAAGGAAGAGCAGGAUGAAGACGAGUGCCCCAGUGAAGAUCUGAGUGUGCUAGAAAAACUGCAGAUCCUCACUGGUUACUUACGGGAAGAACAUCUGUAUUGCAUCUGGUGUGGGACAGCCUAUGAAGAUAAAGAAGACUUAUCUUCCAAUUGCCCAGGACCAACCUCUGCGGAUCAUGACUGAGAUUGUUCCCAAUAAAGUAAAAUUGUUUAUAUGGGUGGGGAAAGAAGGCCUUUGUAUAGCACUUAAUUCUUUCAGAAGUGGGUUCUACUUUGGAUAAAAUUGCUCACUGAUUUAGGAAAAUGUCACUUCCAAAUAUAAGUAUCAUAGACAUGAACAAUUACGACUUACGGUGGUAUCGUGAUGCUUAUAGAGUUUAAGGGUCCCGACAGGUAACAUACUUAGUCCCUCUUUACUUUGGGUAAAUUGAGAAGAUCAGGGGAUCUGGAAGAAAUCAGUGGUCUGCUUUAGGGCGUGAGAUGGGCCUUCAUGGUAGAGGGACUGCCAAUCCUGUGGAAGCUCCUGAGUUCAGUCACCAGCACCGCGAAUUAAGCAUUGGCAUGAAGCUGGUAUACAGAACAAGGCCAGCUCUUUCCAAUCAGACUACCAAAUAGUUAUGUGGAGAAAUGGCAUACCUGUCCCAUACCUGUGGAGCCUGCUUUGUGUUCCAGGGCCGGUGUCUUGAAGAAGUAGUUUCAUCCUGGUUUGUCUUUCAGAGUAAACACAGCUGUUAAAAAUACCAGAUAGCAUUUUCCAGACGUUAGUUCUCUGGAGUAGGGGGCACAGGCUGAGUAUCCCUGUCAGAUAAAACACUUCCCUGUUGGAAAGGAAGGAAGGAAGGGUCAGAGGAUUCCAUACUCCUGGGUCAUGUCCAGGGUCAGACAUCAAAGUCAUGGGCCUUUUUCCCAGUUCACAUGCUCAGGGCUCUCCUCUAGUGGACUCCCAGGGCAGUACUAAAUAUCCACUUUUUAAACUCCAAGAGUACGCGGCGGCCUGCCCGCUUUCCAAAACACCACAGCAUCACAAGGGAAAGCAUCCCAGAGGAGUGGUCAGCUCAGUGCAGCCCAGGACAGUGGGAGGACUAGGGGAGAGCCAGCUUUGCCUGGGUGACCUUGUGACAUUCUGAUAGCACUACACUAAGCUCAGGUUCUGAAGGAUGGACACGGCUGGGACAUGCAAAGCUACGAGGAGGCAGCUGCUCUGUAACUCGGCCGUUCUAAGCAUAGCAACAGCAGCCCAGGAGCAGUGGGUGGGGCACUGAGACCGGCUGCCUGGAUGAAGUUUGAGGACUGAUGAUUUGUACGUGUUCGGCUGAGGGAGUGGCUCUAUUAGAAGGUGUGGCCCCUGUUGGAGUAGGUGUGUCACUGUGGGUGUGGGCAUUAACACCCUCACCCUAGCUGCUGGGAAGUGAGUCUUCCACUAGCAGCCUUCAGAUGAAGAUGUAGAACUCUCAGCUCCUCCUGCACCGUGCCUGCCUGGAAGCUGCCAUGCUCCCACCUUGAUGAUAAUGGACUGACCCUCUGAACCUGUAAGCCAGCCCCAAAUUAAAUGUUGUCCUUA